UGUGCGAACCCAGGAGGCGCGUGUGGUGCAUGGUGGGAUCUGUAGUCUGCGCCUUGCUUAGCACGCCUGGCUUAGGUCAGAGGAGAAACUCUCCGGGGCCUCGCAGUGGGCUGGUUCCUUUGGAGAACUCAGACAUCCGACCAUGGAGUCUCAGUACCGUGCUGCUCCAGCUCGCUUCCCUGCCCCACAGUGAUGGCCCGGGCACUGAAAUCCGCGCUGACGGACUCAGGAUCGCGAGCCAGGACCAAAGUAUCAAGUUCCUGACAGCGGCCACUGAUGGCAAGAUGCCUUAUAAAUGCUCCAGUUGCAGCAAGAGUUUUGUAGACAGUUCAGAUCUGCUCCAGCACCAACAUACACAAGCCAGAAGCCUUACGCUUGCAGUGAGUGUGGCAAGAGCUUCAGCCAGAGUUCCCACCUGCUCAUCCACCAUGUGGCCCACAGUGGUGAGAAGCUCUAUGUCUGUCUGCAAUGUGGCAUUUGCCAGCAGCUCCAACCUCAGCCAGCACCAAGAGACGUGCCAGGGCGGCAGCUGCUGCCAAUAUCCCUGGCUUCAGUUUCAGCCCAAACUUCAGUCCCAAUUUGGUCCAGUCCUCAAGGAGCCUGAGCAUCUCUAA